CCUAAUGUAAUAACUUUUUUCUAAUAAAAUGACCAAAAUACCCUCAUUUAAAAUUAUUAACCCCUAAUACUUCACAUAAUUACAAAUUAUUACAACUCUAAUCUAAUGUAAUAAUCUAAACUUUUCCCCCAAAAAAAUCUGAUUCAUCCAUCUCUCUCCUCCAUCAUCUUCUUCCUUCUUCAUUUCUCAUCCAUCAUUUCUACUUCAGAUUAUCUUUCUCAUCUCUCAUUUUGUUUGGGGUGGUUUGUGGGGGUGGUUUGUAAGUGGGUUUGAUAGAUCUGGAAUUUUUUCGUGGGUGUUGGUGGUUCGUGGGUGUUGGUGAUUCGUUUGUGGGUGUUGGGGUUCGUUUGGUUUUAGGGUUCGUUUGUGGGUGUUGGUGGUUCGUGGGUGGUUAUUUCAUGGGUGUUGGUGGUUAAUUCGUGGGUGUUGGUGGUUCGUGGGUGGCUAUUUUGUGGGUGUUGGUGUUUUCCGGUAGCUGUUUCGUGGGUGGGUUUGGUUUUGGGUUUUAGAUUUGGUGGUUUUUGGGUGGUUUUCGUGGUUCAAAUGUGGAUUUCGGUGGUUUAAAGGUGGAUUUCAGUGUUUGUGGGUGGCGUGAGUGGUGGUUCUUGGGUUUUGGGUGACAUGGGUUAUGGUUCUAGGUGGCGUGUGGUGGUGGUUCUGGGGAGUUAUAGUUUAAUUGGGUUUGGUUUUUUUUUUUAAUUUAAUUAGUAGUUAAAUACAUGUCCAUAACUUUCAGUAAUCUUGUUUAAAAAGUUUUGCUUAGGAGUCCGCGCAUAUUUCUUUAUUGCAAAUAUAUACUUAUGAAACUUUGUGAUAUAAAAUUAAAAAAAAAAAAAGUACGAAAGCACAUAAUAGCCUCUCGCAACCUAAGAAGACAAUUAAACAAUCCCAGAAAAAACUGGAAACGUCUAGUGAGUUUUAAAAAAAAAAAAAAGUGACCCCAAAAAAAAGGUUAAAGACGAGAACUUUAGCCAAUUACUCAUACAAAUAAGUAACUUACAUGAAAAGAAUCAGGUUUUGUGUCAUUUGUGAAAUGUGUUAAAAUACAGCAUGAAUCAAACAGCGGACAUGGAAAUGAUCGAGGUGACGGAGGACUCUCAGCUUCCACCACCUCCUCCGACCACCAAUGCCAGUGCCGCCGCUCCUCAAUCCGACGCUGCUGCUGGUUUCCUUUCAUUGGCCCGUCAACUCAUCGAUCAGGGCAAACCUUCCCAAGCCCUUCAGGCGAUAGUUAUGGCUAUGAGAACAAAAGGAGGAGAGGAGGCUGUUUUCUACAUCUUGCAACGUGCACGUGAGCUAUACAGAUCAAAACUACAGACUAGUGCUGAAGCUGAUCAGCUUGCCUCUUUAUUUGCUGAGUGUGUAAUUGCUGAAGCUCAGCCCCCAGGAAGUGAACCCUCAUCAUCUCCAUCACCAUUUUUCUCAUCAUCUGCAACACCAACUGUUCCUAGCCGCGAAAUGGAGACUGACGCUUGUGGAACCUCAAUUUUGGCAGAGACCGGAAGAAAGCAGAUUGUGUUGGAUGCCUUCUCCGACGGCAGUAGUUUCAUCUGUUUGAAGUGUGGUGGUCUUGUUAGCAACCAUCGUAAAGAUGAACAUUAUGCUUACUGGUGUCAGUUUUAAAUGCACCUAAGAGUGUUCACAGAUGCAGGUGCUUUGUAAAGCAUGAGAUUAAAAAUUGUCAUCUUGAAUAUAUACUACUGUUACAAAUGCUUUGUUUCCCUGUUAACAAUGAUAUACCUGCUUUGAAAGGGAAAAACAUUCGAACUCCAGGCUUAGGCAAGGCCAUACACAUGCAUUUGUAGAUUAUGCUGAGAAAUGUAUGUCGGAGUUCUUGUGAUUAUAAUGGGGAUGAUCUUAUAGUAACAAGUUUUGCCUUUUAUAGUCUUAUAUUGAGAUAGCGCUAUACUGUA